CAGUUGUUGUUGUAGUGUAAACAAAAGUCAGAGAAAUUUGAAUGCAAUGCAAAGGCAAUCUAAUCCUGAAGCUAAAGCAAAUUCGUCUGAUUAUUGUAGAAAUGCCUGAAAAUGGUGCAGCCAAAGAUAAGAUCCAAAAGCUUCAGCAACUUCUUCGGGCAAGAGAAGAAAGAAUCAUAGCCCUUGAAACAGAAAAUGCCAUGCUAUACUUGAAGCUUGCUCAGUGUCAAGGAAAUGUGCGCUCUACUAGAAAAGAAACCACACAUAUUCGCAGGCUGUAUGAUGAUAAUGAGAAAUUCAGAAACAAUGUCAGUGGUGAAAUCAAAAGCUGUUACUCAAAAGUGCAGGACUUGAAGUUAGAUGUAACUCAUAUAAAGAUUGAUGCUGAGGACAUACAAGAAAAGUUCAAACAGGAAAUAAAGAUGAUUGAACAACAGGCAAUGCAGCAUGUUGGAUUCUUGCGAUCUGUGGAUUCUAAGAGACAUAUGGACUCUGAAGAGCUUCAAAGUAAGCUGAUGGAAGCUGAGCUGGCUCUGGAUGAGGCACAGAGACUGGCCAACAGCGAAAGAAACAGAAGGAAGACACUGCAUAAUACACUAAUGGAGCUCCGAGGAAACAUAAGAGUCCACUGUCGUGUUCGACCGAUGCUUUGCGACCUAGAUUCAGGAGGGGAGCCCGAUCUUCUUGGUUUGCCUGGCACAUUGUCGGAAGAAGUAGUGAUGGCACAGGACGACGAGAAUGUUUCCGUGACAGCAGCCAAAGCCAAGUCAUUCGAGUUUGAGAGAGUUUAUAGCCCAGCAGACAAUCAGGAUCAGGUUUUCGAAGACGUUGCACCGCUGCUUACAUCAUUGCUUGAUGGGUAUAAUGUCUGCAUAAUGGCGUAUGGGCAAACCGGAAGCGGAAAAACCCAUACAAUGCUAAGCAGUCACACAAUGACUUCGGACCUAGACGGAGAGCAGUGUGGACCGGAGGAAGGAGUUAUUCCACGAUCAGCAAAAGAAAUUUUUAGGUUGGUUAAAGAGCGUGAAAAUGCAAACGAAUGGUACUCUCUGGAAAUUUCUGUUUGUGAAAUUUACUUAGGACACAUAAAGGAUUUGCUGGCACCUCCUGACAAGAGAGACGUCAAUCACACUGUUUUCAUGGCGAGCGAUGGAUCUCAAGACAUACCGUCAUUGGUGACCAAGACUGUGACGUCAUUUCAGGAAGUUAUGACGUACGUGCACUAUGGACUAAGGAGAAGACACGAAGAUGCUACGAAAGUUCACGCGCAUUCAAGUCGUUCUCACCUUAUUGUUCAGCUGAAUCUCUAUCAUACCAAACAAUCUUCCCAGGUGCGAGUGACGUCACCAGAAGGUCCCCCACCUUCUCCGCCACCAACGCCAACAUCAACACAAACAAGGCGCCUUUUGCCACAAGUCUCUGUUGAUGGGCCUAGGAGAAGGUCAAAAUCGCCGGCAUCCACUCGGUCUUCGGGCAGAACGCUGCAUUCCACGGGCAGUCGCUCCCGAUCACCCUCUCCCCAGUCAAGCACGUCAUCUAGCGACAUGAGCCUGAAGUCAAGCGUGACUAGUUUGACGGUUAAAACGAAAUUGCAGCUUGUUGAUCUUGCUGGCAGCGAGUGUGUCGGUAUGUCUGGGGUAACAGGUGCUGCACUAAGAGAAACAUCGGAAAUAAACAAAAGUUUGAGUGCAUUGGCAGAUGUAUUACAGGCCCUGGCAGAGCACCGAUCCCACGUGCCCUACAGAAAUACAAAGCUCACUCAUUUAUUGCAAGAUACUAUCGGUGGCGAUGCGAAACUCCUUGUAAUGCUGUGUGUCUCGCCAGUCAAGCGAUACCUGACUGAGACCCUGCAGUGCCUUGGCUUUGGAUCAAGGGCGCGGCAAGUAGCACGCGGGCAGACAAAGAAACGGCGGCCAACUGCCCCGGCUCCUCUUGGACCAACAGAUUUGACAGCAAUGAAAUCAAAACUUGGUGGCAGCAUAGGAAACCUUUCGCCAAGGCGCCCAAUGUCAGCUUUGAGAUGAUCUUCCAAUGGAACAUAUUCAAGUGGCUGUUCAACGAUAUCUUCUGAUGAUGAUAUUGCCAAAACUUUUCCUAACAUAAAACUUUUUCUUCAACGAAAGUUACAAUUCAUCUCAGAAAUCAACCAAAAUUUCAACUGUUUUGUGGCAGAAUAUAUCCCAAAUUCCUCCAUGCAAAAACUUCCAUUUUGAAAUUUUUAACGCUUUUCAUUUCACUUUCACGAACUUGAUAGUUUUAUUGAAAACGGUUAACUUCAUUUAGGAUUUUUAUCAUUUUGUAUAGGAUUUUUUAUCAUAUAGGCUUUUGGAUCCAGCCUUCCAAGGUGACAAAUAAUUUAACGUUGGCUUUGAUAGAUUUGGUUAUAUUGUACUUAGUUUUUGAGUUAUCAGUUUAGACAUUUCGUUACUUCUUUGGAAUGUAUUUAUUUUGUAUCAAAGUUUCUUUUUCUUUAUCAUAUAUAACAUCGUUAAAAAGAGUUAAGUAUGUUGAAAUUUUAUAUUAUGUGAUUUUAAAAUCCUUAUAUGAUAGUAAUUAUUGAGAGCUUUUAAUGUAGAAUAAUAUGAAAUAUAUAUUAAUUGAUUAAAAGAUAAAGAGAGGAUUUUUAAGUUGAUUUUGCUUAGUUCUGAAAUCAUCGUAAAUUGUGUGACGAGUAUACGAGGAUUUACAGAUUCUAUACGAGGCUCCCUCUGCAGUAAUUAA